AUGAACGAUCUUUUCUUACCUUACCGAACUACCAAUAUGCCUGUAAAUACUAAUAUGACUGAAGAGGAAGAACUUGAAUUGCUUCAGCAUCUCGCUUCAGAGUUUAAUAAACCUUUUACAGGUUGGGAUUUUUCUUAUCUUGAAGGUCGUAUGGAAGAACGGACACAUUCUUUACCUUGGGAUUAUGAAAGUACAGUUAGAGCUUUGUUACCUAAUUGUCAAGGUCUUUUGGAUAUGGGAACUGGAGGAGGUGAAUUUCUUGCUUCCUUAAGUCCCCUUCCAGAAGAUACUUGUGCGACUGAAGGUUGGGCACCCAAUAUUGAUAUUGCAAGGAAACGGUUAAAACCACUCGGAGUAACCGUUACAGCUAUUACCGAUAAUGAUGUUCGACUUCCUUUAGAUGAUGGUAGAUUUAAUUUAAUAAUUAAUCGUCAUGAACCUUAUAUCGCUUAUGAAAUUCAUCGACUUCUUCAAUCUGAUGGAUUAUUUAUUACACAACAAGUCGGAGAAAACGAUAAUAUGGAAAUAAAUAGACUUUUGGGAGCACCAGAACAUUUAGGAUAUCGCGAAUGGCAUUGUGAACAAGGUUGUAGUGAAUUAGAAGCCGCUGGAUUAACUAUAUUAAAAAAGGACGAAGCAUUUAUAGAGACAAAAUUUUAUGAUGUGGGAGCGAUUGUUUAUUAUUUGAAAGCAAUGCCUUGGCAAGUUGAAGAUUUUUCUGUAGAAAAAUAUGCAGACCAACUUAUUCGUUUACAUCAUUUAAUUCAAAAAGAAGGAUAUCUUUCAGUUCAAAGUCACCGAUUUUUCAUUGUUGCAAAAAAAGAAUAUUAA